UUUGAGCCUUUCGCUCUAACAUACUAAUAUACUACGAAACAAGGAAAAUAUUUCAUUGGGAAAUAGGGAUUUUUUUUUCUUUGGCAUACCUUUCUUGUGUGCGUGUGUUAAUAUAAAGGUAAAGAAAAUGGGGACAGCGAAAGUCUCAGAUUCCAGCUCUGGGAAUCAAAUUGCGAGAAACCACAAUGAAAGCGAUGUGAUUUUGAAUGUGUAUGAUCUCACUCCUUACAAUAAUUACACUUAUUGGUUUGGUUUCGGGAUUUACCACUCCGGUAUUGAAGUUCAUGGGAAAGAGUAUGGGUUUGGGGCCCAUGAUUUUCCAAUUAGUGGAGUUUUUGAAGUGGAGCCAAGAAGCUGCCCUGGUUUUAUCUAUCGAUGUUCCUUCCCAUUAGGACGCAUAAACAUGCCUUCCUCUGAAUUCAGAACAUUUAUCAAGGAUGUAGCUUCUGAAUAUCAUGGAGAUACCUACCACCUCAUCUCCAAGAACUGUAAUCACUUUACAGAUGAUAUGGCACAUAGAUUGACGGGCAAAUCUAUCCCUGGAUGGGUGAACCGGAUGGCUCGACUAGGUUCAUUUUGCAGCUGUUUGCUUCCUGAAAGCCUUCAAGUAACUAAAGUGAAGGAGUUGCCUGAAUACCACGACAUAGAAGAUGGAACUGAAUCUGCCUCAACUUCCACCCCCCGCAUUUCACCUGAAACUGAUGACACAGAUCAAGAGAAGCACUUGCUCGCAUCGAAAGAUGGAAUUUCAGAAAUAGCUUUUAUUAGAGAAGCCCAAGGGAGUUGCAAGUUGCCUUAGAAGAAGGGUUUUUAUGGCAGCCUUAAACCAAAUUGGGAGCAGAAUUGCCGAGCUUAAAAUGCAUGCAUGCCUUUCAUUUGAUGUAAUUAUUUUCAAUUUUUUGGUGUCUUCAUUUCCCCCAUGGUUAUUUAUUUGAGCAGAAGAAUCUAAAAAUCUAAAUAUAGUUUGUUGUUAAUGCUUUGUACUAGUGUACUAUUUCGUUGCAUA